UUUAGUUCACCCGUUUCGCCGCUAGAUGGACUCCAAUUUUUUAGUCCAUAAACUGAAUGUGCAUAUGUUAUUGUAUGCGAUAGAGACUUGUUCCCCUUGACUGCCAUUUUACCAAGGGAAGCCGGAUUUGGUCUGGAAUGUAUAUAUGUAAUAAGAAUCGAUUAAAAUAGACGAAUAUAAUUGUAUUUGAUAUGGUCAUUUUACAUUUUUGAACUAAAAAAGUUGCAGUAUGUAAAAGGAUUAUUGUGUCAAAGUAUCUACGUUACAUAACCUCAAUCUUAGACAUUCGAAUAAACAAGGAAUUAAAGCUGUAUUAAAAAUGGAUCGAAUGGCAGAUGUGCGGGAUAUAUUAGACAUCGAAGUACCCACAACUAGUGAGCUUACAAAGGAAUCUAUUAUAGGCAGUGAUAAGAAAAAUCGAAAAAAAUAUGAAUACAAUAGGUCAAAGAGGCCUGAAGGUAUGCACCGGGAAGUCUUUGCAUUAUUAUGCAAGGAUAAUAACGAUGUACCACCUUUAUUCCCAACGGACACUGCGAAGGGAUACAAACAAGUUAGAGCCAAACUUGGUAUGAAAAAGGUUAGACCAUGGAAGUGGACACCAUUUACUAAUCCUGCAAGAACAGACGGUGCAGUUUUUCAUCAUUGGAGACGAGUCGCAGAUGCUGGAAAGGAAUAUCCUUUUGCCAAAUUCAACAAAAAAGUUCCUAUUCCAACGUACACUAAUGCAGAAUAUGUUCAACAUUUGGUUACAAAUGGUUGGACAAGAGCAGAAACAGAUCAUCUCUUUGAUUUGUGUAGGAGAUUCGACUUAAGGUUUAUUAUAAUUAAAGAUAGAUGGGAUUGUACGAAAUUUCCGGCAAGAUCGGUAGAGGAUUUGAAAGAGAGGUAUUACCAAGUAUGCGCUGCUUUAACAAAAGCAAAAUCUCACUCUGAUAAGGUUUAUAUAUUUGAUGCAGAACAUGAGAAGCGUAGGAAAGAGCAGCUAAAAAAGUUGUUCGAGAGAACACCGGAACAAGUAGAGGAGGAACAAAUGUUAUUAGCUGAAUCGAGAAAAAUUGAACAAAGAAAGAGGGAAAGGGAUAGAAAAACACAAGAUUUACAAAAAUUAAUAACAGCUGCUGAUCAUCAAGCAGAUCCAAGAAAGAACGAAAGAAAACCUACGAAAAAGAGCGGCGCUGCUGCACGAAAUAGACCUAAUAAGGCAGAUACAUCUCAUACAGUGGAAUCUGCUGGAAUUAAGUUUCCUGAUUUCAAGAAUAGCGGUGUUUCGCUCCGCUCUCAAAGAAUAAAGUUGCCAAGUAGUCUAGGACAAAAGAAAAUGAAGGGUAUCGAACAAAUGCUCAACGAAUUACGAUUAGAGUUAAAUCCACCACCUACCGAACAAAUAUGUCAGCAGUUUAAUGAUUUAAGAAGCGAUAUCGUUUUACAUUACGAACUUCGAAGCGCAUUAUCAACGUGUGACUACGAAUUACAGUCGUUAAGGCAUCAAUAUGAAGCUUUAGCUCCUGGAAAAACAUUAACGAUACCACCUGCACUGUUACCGAAAACAGAACCUGAAGUUAAAGCGGAUAUAAUAGACGUAGUUGGUUCACCCAGUAUGCCAACAAUUACUCAUUAAUGUUUUAAAUAAAUUAGGUCGAUAAGGAUUGUAAAUAAUUUCCUAAGUUUCGAAACAUGAUACAUCGGAUACGCUUA